GGAAUAUACUUAGCUGACCGGAGCUUGUUGAAAUAACGUACAGAUAACGUAACACACAACGUGCGAUAUCCAUUUUUUGUUACAUUAGUCAUAACUUCCUCGCAGUUUGGUCAGAGAGAGAACAAGUUCUUACGUUGAUGAAUAAACGACAACACUUCAUCACCAGUCUUUGAACUUAAUUGAUAAACUGAUCAGAUUCAAGAUCUGAAGGCUGACCACGUGGAAAUAAAGAAUAUGUUAAAGGAAGUGCUAUCCAAAUUGCCUGAAACCAACAGCAGUAAACAAACUUCUGAGAAAUCGUACGGGCCUGGACGUUCGCUUAUCUUCGCCAGUAAAACAACUUCUGGUAAUGACGUCGGCAUACAGUUGGAAUUGUUUGUGACGUCAUCUGACAAGACUGUUUGGCUAGUGGACCACGCUAUGUUCAAUGCACAAGCAAAUGACAGCAUGUUUGGCACAUCGUACAUACAUUUGGAUAAUACUACCGUAUUCACUUUGGAAACCAAUGUGUUUGUACAGUCUGUAGAUUUCACUAUACUUCAUGAUGACGAUGUGGUAACAACAUUUGCGAUAAAUAUAAAAGCAGAAGAUGGAACAACAAAUAACAACAUAUCAACAUGUCGGCCAUCAUUUUCUGAAAUUUCUGAGUCCUCAGUAAAUGCUACCUUUCACUGCAUACCGGAACUAGAUCGUAGAGGCUCCUGGUACAUGGAUGUAGGCGUCUGUGGCACUUUUGAAAGCGACACAUCUGACGUAGUUGAAUUCAAAAUGCUUGAUGACAGAAGGAAAUCGAAGUUUGUUAAUCUCACCUUGGAGCGAGGAACAAAUGCAAAAGCACAUGUUGUCAUUUCCAAGGAUGUCGUGAAAAAGAAUUUUUUAUUCCUGUUUAGCUCUCUCACUUUUAUUUCUAGUGGUGUCGUUUCUAGAACAUCAUUCAGAAUUUUUCACGAUAUCAGCAAAACAAAAACAGAAGGUGAGUUCAAAUUUCUGAGACCCCGCCCGAAUUUAGAGCUUUUGGAAGGAGAACCAUUCACAAUAGCCUGUGAUGCCAUAGGUAGAAAUCCUCCUCCCAUUACAAUGCAUAAGGACGGAGGAAACAUCAGAAAGUCUGAUCAAAUUACAUCACCACUUUGGUCAUCGUCUUACGUCACUUACCGCCAUGCAUCGAAAGAAUUAGAGGGAAACUACUCAUGCCUGAUACAGAAUAACGACAUGCAGUUGGCUUUCUCACCGUACACGGAAGUAAACCUAAAACCAAGAAUCCGAUGGGACCUGAGCACAAUUUUAGAAAAUACUUUAAACCUGAUUCGUGUAUCUAUAGUGGUGGAGGGGGCGAUAGGUGUCUCAUUAGAUUGUAACAAUGAUGCCGGUGGAGAAGGUAAUCUAACACUGAGUAUGGUGAAGACAACAUCGAUGUCGGACUGGAAUGAACGAUUAGAGGCGGAAUAUACCUAUCGGGAAGAUCUACACCAAUUCAGAGAUCGUUACAUUUCCCUAAUGCAGCUUUCCUGUAUGAUAAAAGAUAGAAAUGGCCAAGCUCAAUUUGAAUACAAUGUCUGAUGAGUCAUAGUCAUAAUGAAGAACUUUACGUAUUCGAAAAGAAACCAUUCAAUAAAUAUACGUAAAUUUGGCAAUUUCAGGGUUUUUUUUCUUGAAAUUUGUUUCGUAUAAUACAUUAAUUAAUUAGAUAUGUGCAUCAUUCAUAAUUGUUGAGGUGAAAUGAAGAUGAUUUUUAUACCCAAAUUAAAGACUGUUAAGUUCC